CUGACUGCCGGUAGUCACAGUGACCAAGUGAGACAGUGACAGCUCGCGGUGCAUCGCUGACGAACCUUCCAUCCGAUCUGACAACCUCACGCGGGUCGCCCCGGUGUGGCCCUCUCGGUCUGGAUCGCGGGAGAACGGUUCGGUUUGACUGACGGACCGUUAGGACCGGGACCGGUAGGAGCGGCUGAUGACCCGGGCUCUAGCUGCUUUGCAGCUGGGCUACGGGGGACACUCGCUUGACGGAGCCGUUGUCGCGGGCCCAGGUAGAAAGCUAAAGGUGGAGAACAAUCAUUGGGGGUUGCCAUGGUCCCGAAGCCAUCAUCCGGGGAGCUGUGGGGGCUCCACCUCAUGCCCCCACGCAUCCUGGUGGACUGCUGCCUCCCCAACGGAAUGCUGGUGAGUCUGGAGUGUCUACGAGAGGCCCCUCUGGCCAACAUCAAACAGCAACUCUUUACUGAAGCCAGGAAGUACCCUCUCUACCAUCUCCUUCAGGAGGAGUCGUGCUACAUCUUUGUGGGCGUGACCCAGGAGGCGGAGAGGGAGGAGUUUUACGACGAGGCGCGGCGUCUGUGUGACCUCCGCCUCUUCCACCCCAUCCUCAAGGUCAUCGAGCCCCUGGGGAACCGGGAGGAGAAGAUCCUCAACAGGGAGAUAGGUUUUGCCAUCGGGAUGCCUGUGUGUGAGUUUGAGCUGGUGAAGGACCCGGAGGUGCAGGACUUCCGUCGGUCAAUACUGAGCGUGUGCAGAGAGGCCAUGGAGGAGCGGGAGGCCGGGGGGGCUCCUAGCCUGGCCCUCUACGUGUACCCCCCCAACGUGGAGUCCUCCCCCGAACUACCCCAACACAUCUACUACAAACUGGACAAGGGAAGGCUAAUGGUUACCAUCUGGGUGAUUGUUAGUCCAUCCAACUCUAAACAGAAAUACACUCUGAAGGUGAGCCACGACAGUCUGCCAGAGCAGCUGAUAGCGGAGUCUAUCAGGAAGAAGACUCGCUCCAUGCACCUGUCAGCCCAGCAGCUGAGACUGUGUGUCCUGGAGUACCAGGGACAGUACAUACUGAAGGUGUGUGGAUGCGACGAGUAUCUCUUGGAGAAGUACCCUCUAAGUCAGUACAAGUACAUCCGGUCCUGUAUAACUGUGGGUCGUCUUCCUCACCUGAUGCUGGUCUCCAAGGAGAGCCUGUACUCCCAGCUGCCAGAGUCGGGCUUUGUCAUGCCCUCGUACAGUCGCAGGACCCCCCAGCCGUCCCCAUGUCCAGGGGGAGACCCUACCUCUCCUCCCAGGAGUCUGUGGGCCUUCAACAACCUGCUGAGGGUCCGGCUGCUCUGCGCCACCUACGUUAACGUCAACAUCCGAGACAUCGACAAGAUCUAUGUCAGGACCGGUAUUUAUCACGGUGGAGAACCACUUUGUGACAACGUCAACACACAAAGGGUCCCUUGCUCUAACCCCAGGUGGAAUGAGUGGCUGUCCUAUGAUAUCUACAUGGCUGAUAUCCCUCGCUCAGCCAGACUCUGUCUCUCCAUCUGCUCUGUGAAGGGAAGGAAAGGAGCUAAGGAGGAGCAUUGUCCUCUAGCGUGGGGCAAUGUGAAUCUGUUUGACUAUAAGGACACGAUGGUGAGUGGGAAGGUGGCUCUGAGUCUGUGGCCAGUUCCCCACGGCCUGGAGGACCUGCUCAACCCCAUCGGAGUCGCUGGUUCCAACCCCAACAAGGAGACUCCCUGUGUGGAGUUGGAGUUCUGCUGGUUCAACCAGACGGUUGUAUUUCCAGACGACCAACAGAUUGAAGAACAUGCCAACUGGACUAUCAGCAGAGAGCUGGGCCUCACCUACUGUCUGAGUGUGUCCGCAGCCGAGGUGGAGCAGCUCCAGAGUCUGUGCUCUAAAGACCCGCUCUAUGAACUCUCAGAGCAGGAGAAGGACUUCCUCUGGAGACACAGACACUACUGUGUUAAUAUCCCAGAGUCUCUCCCCAAACUGCUGCUGUCUGUCAAGUGGAACUCCAGAGACGAAGUCUCACAGAUGUACUGUCUGCUGAAGGACUGGCCAUUGAUGCAGCCAGAGUCUGCCUUGGAGCUGUUGGACUGUAACUUUCCUGAGCCCGUUGUCCGAGAGUUCGCCCUACGCUGCCUUCUCCAGGGUCUGAGUGACGACAAGCUGUCACAAUACCUACUGCAGCUGGUCCAGGUACUGAAGUAUGAGAUGUACCUGGACAACCCUCUGGCUCGCUUCCUGAUCAAGAAAGCUUUGACCAAUCAGAGGAUAGGACACUUCUUCUUCUGGCAUCUCAAGUCAGAAAUGCACAACAAGACAGUGUCGCGUCGUUUUGGUUUGCUCCUUGAAGCGUUCUGCAGAUCCUGUGGGAUGUACCUGAAGCACCUGAACAGACAGGUAGAGGCUAUGGAUAAACUUGUGAACCUGACAGACACACUGAAACAAGAGAAGAAGGAUGAGACCCAGAAGACUCAGAUGAAGUUCCUGGUUGAACACAUGUCCCGUCCGGACUACAUGGAUGCCCUGCAAGGAUUCAUCUCUCCUCUGAACCCUGUCCACCAGCUGGGCAACCUCAGGCUGGAGGAGUGCAGGAUCAUGUCGUCAGCCAAGAGACCCCUGUGGCUGAACUGGGAGAACCCGGACAUCAUGUCAGAGCUCCUCUUCACCAACAACCAGGUCAUCUUCAAGAACGGAGACGACCUACGUCAGGACAUGCUGACGUUGCAGAUCAUUAAGAUCAUGGAGAACAUCUGGCAGAACCAGGGACUGGACCUACGUAUGUUGCCGUACGGCUGCCUGUCUAUAGGAGACUGCGUGGGGCUCAUAGAGGUGGUGAGGAACAGCUACACCAUCAUGCAGAUCCAGUGUAAGGCUGGCCUGAAGGGGGCGCUGCAGUUCAACUCCAACACCCUGCACCACUGGAUCAAAGACAAGAACAGAGGAGAGGCGUAUGACCGAGCUAUAGACCUGUUCACAAGGUCGUGUGCAGGUUACUGCGUGGCCACCUUCAUCCUGGGCAUCGGAGACCGACACAACUCUAACAUCAUGGUGAAAGACAACGGACAGCUGUUCCAUAUAGACUUUGGUCACUUCCUGGACCACAAGAAGAAGAAGUUUGGCUACAAGAGAGAGAGAGUUCCCUUCGUCCUUACUCAGGACUUCCUUCUCGUCAUCAGCAAGGGCAGCCAGGAGUGUACCAAGACCAAAGAGUUUGACAGGUUCCAGGAGAUGUGCUACAAAGCUUACCUGGCCAUUCGUCAACACGCCAGUCUCUUCAUCAACCUCUUCUCACUGCUGCUGGGAUGCGGGAUGCCUGAACUGCAGAGCUUUGAUGACAUCGCCUACCUCAGGAAGACCCUGGCUCUAGAGAAGACCCAGCAGGAGGCAUUGGAGUAUUUUACCAAGCAGAUGAACGAUGCUCACCAUGGAGGCUGGAGCACCAAAAUGGACUGGAUCUUCCACACCAUCCGACACAUGCCUAAUGAACACUAACUAAUGUGUAUAUAGAUCCACAGACACACACAGACACACACA